AUGUAUUCACCCGAUUUAGAUUCAGACGCCACCAAUGAGGCUGACGUCGAGCGACCUGUGGACGCGUCAACGGCCACGGCCUCAGAGGCCGGUCUCCAUGGUCACUAUAGCCCAAAUGUCGCCAGUCGCCGGCCCUGGUGGCUGAGCAGUCUGGUGCCGGCAUCGCCGCACUACAAUCUCUUGCUCAGCCUCCGAGGUCAAAUGAGGUCUCAUGGCAAAGUGGACCAUUCGGCAGAUGAACCAACCGAAUGGUCGGAUCGAGGCCAAAAAACACAACAGCCCAACCAUGCGGAUGUCUCGCAACUGGCCGGCAAAGUAGACAAACAGCCCUCGAAAUCUGGUAUUCUCGAACCCUUUGCGAUCAGCCUGAACUCGGCUCUUCCUGAGGUCCACACUAUGCCCUGGCGUCGGAGGAAGACGGCUUCAAGGAUCUGGAAUCCUUGGCGCUCCAAGACACUGCCUUCAUCCAUGCCUUCUUUGCGGCGUCGUGCGUCCAGGGAACCGGCACUUGGCAAAGCACCAAAUUGUGCUAAUCCCUCCCCGACUGACUCUUCAGUUGGCAUCUGCAAAUAUGUAGAUACAUCGUCCUCUGAUUGCAGCGAAAAAAUAAAAAAACUGGGCGUAAAAACCUCUACUCUCGGCCGGAUGGUUAGAUUUACCGGUCGGCAUCAUGUCUAUGAUAAUGAAGAGAGCCCUAACAAA